UUGACACGUUUGGUAAAUUUCAAAGCAUAGGCAUAAGUUUUUUUUUUAAUUUAUCGCACACAGUGAACGAAAUGUUGGCGGUAACUUUUAAUUUUUUAUUAUUAUCCGGCGUUGGCUGUCUACGCCUUGAGCAAGUAUUAAUUUUUAGUCGUCACAACUUAAGAGUUCCACUAUCAAAACAUAUAGAUGAAUACACGAACAAAAUAUUUCCGAAAUGGUCCCAAGAGCCGGGCAUGCUGACGGAAAAAGGAGCCUUAUUGGAAGGUCAUAUGAGCGAAUAUCUAACGAAAUGGAUGAGAGAGAAUCAACUUUUACCCGGAACGUGUCCCGACAAAGAAACCGUUUUGAUUUAUGCGAAUAAUAAGAGACGAACCAUAGCUACUGCAAAGGCGUUUGUCGAUGCCGCAUUCCCUGACUGUAAUAUAAACGUGAAGCAUAAAAAGGAUUUUGAUAUACAUGACAUCAUCUUCAAUUCUGCUAUUCAUAACACCACCGAAGCCUACAAACAAAAAGUACUCGAAGAAAUCGAGGAAAUGCUCGCCAAUUGUAAACUAACAGAUGCCUACGAAGAAUUAGACAAGAUUAUCGACAUAAAAACCUCUAAAAUAUGCGAAACUCAAAGAUUCUGCGAUUUGGUCCACGACAAGAAUAUUGUAAUUUAUCACGUUGGCGAAGAACUAGAGCUGAACGGUCCUCUGAGAAUAGGGAAUUCCAUAGUUGAUAAUUUCAUAAUGAGUUACUACGAAGGACGUCCGUUGAAAGAAGUUGCGUGGGGAGAAGUGACUAGUCCCGAGCAAUGGGAAGUCCUAACUAAAAUAGCGGUUAAGGAUCAACAAAUGCGAUUUAAUAUUCCUUCAGCCGUCAAGGAUACCGCCCGACCUACGAUCAGAUAUAUGAGGUCUAUAUUCACGAACGAAAAUUUUAAAUUUGCUCUGCUCGUGGGCCACGACACGAAUUUCAACAUAUUAACCAACGCUUUAGGCUUCAAUCCGUUUGUGCUAAUGGAGCAAUACGAGCCGUUCCCGGUAGGCGGGAAGAUUAUAUUUCAAAAAUGGAAGGACGUGGCCGGUGAUUAUUAUUUGAAAGUAGAAUACGUUUAUCAGUCUUGGAAUCAAAUAAGAGAUGGCGUUAAAAUCAACUUUAAAAACCCGCCAUUACGAGAAACACUGGAGCUCAAAGAAUGUGCGAUCGAUAAAAAUGAUCUCUGUCCGUGGGAUGAUUUCUUAAAAUUUUUGAAUAAGUAUUAAAAUUUCAUUAAUUUCAUAAUGUGUAUGUGUACAAAACGAAAUAAACACUGUUUUGUGUGAAUUAUGCAUAUUAUUUCUACACUGCAGUACCUAUUCGAUACCUUCGCUUCGGAUAUUGAAAGAAUAUAGCAGGGGUGAAGUUCUCAUUCAAAGGCGAAAUACAUUCAACUAGCGUCAUCUUACUCCUGCGGAGGUGAAUGAA